UAGAGUCACUGAAGAGGAAAGACAAGACGAGUUCUGUUGCAAUUGAGUUAAAGGCUGCGAUGUCAGGUGUUUUCUUCUAACUUUUAGCUCGUCGGGGAAAAAGAAAGAUGCGGCGCUCUGGAGCUCCCAGCAAGCUCUUGGGUAAUGCAGUGAAAAAGUCUCGAUUUGUGCCACCUGGUGCAUGUACUUCACUUUCUGUGGCUCAAUCCAAGCCUUUGACCCCCAAACUUGGUUCAGGCAAUGCACUGGAUAAAAUCCAGAGAAGCCUUGCAACACCAGGUGCAAGUAAGACAGAGUUUAACGUCCAGCCUGAAGCUGCCCCAGCCUUGUCAAAGGUUCUGGCUCGUGUUCUCAGUGCAACUGAGAGUAAGGAAAAUGAGGCUGAGACAAAGCAUCAGAACCCUGGAUUAGGAGCCUCUGCUGAAGACUAUAAACCAGCAGGAGUGAAUGAUGGCCCUCCUGGGUCUCCCCAAACCCCUCAGCCUCCUGCAGGCUCAGACUCUGGCUGCAGUCAGGACGGGGCGCGUUACUUCAGUGUGGUGUGGUGUAAGGCCAGCAAGAAGAAACAUAAGCGCUGGGAGGGAGACGCAGUGCUGGUGACAAGAGGACGCACAGUCACUCUUAAAGAUAUGGAGGGGAAGGAUAUCGGAAAGGGUAGUGGCUACAAGGUGUCGGAGCUGGCCUCGCUUUCCGAGGGAGAGACUCUCAUGAUUGGUGGGAAAGAGGUGGAGGUGAUGGGAGUCAUUUCUGCUGAGGACUUUGCCAAGGGGCGCUGUUUUCAGGAGGUCCAAACAGAGCGAGUGGAGUUAAACACAAAGUCUGCUCCACCACCCUCCUGCCGCUUGGCAUUCAAACCUUUUUGCCCUCCAACAAUGGUGGGCGGAGCGGGCCACAGAGAAACAAAACCAGAGGAGGAACAAACUCGCAGACCUCGCCAUGACCCCCUCGCUCCAGGUGCACUGGUGAUGCCUCGCCCUUCCGCCAACCACCAGUGGUUAAAUAACAAGUCAGGGCUUCCUAUGGUCGAUGUUGUGCUUGACCCACACCUGACCACACACCUGCGACCGCACCAGAGGGAUGGCCUGCUCUUCCUCUACGAGUGUGUCAUGGGCAUGAGAGCUGCAGGUUGCUACGGUGCGAUCCUGGCCGACGAAAUGGGUCUGGGAAAGACUCUCCAGAGCGUGGCGCUGUCUUGGACGUUGCUGAAGCAGGGACCUUAUGGUGGGAGGCCAGUUGCUAAGCGUGUGCUUGUGGUUACACCUGGCAGCCUGGUACAGAACUGGGCCGCAGAAUUCAACAAGUGGCUGGGCCGUGAGAGGAUCAGUGUUUUCACUGUGGAUCAGGACCACAGGAUAGAGCAGUUUGUUUUGUCCCCACUGCACACCGUUCUUGUGAUAAGCUAUGAAAUGCUGCUGCGCUGCCUGGAGCAGGUCCAGAAAGUUGAUUUUGGUCUUAUAAUCUGUGAUGAGGGUCACAGAUUAAAGAAUAGCAACAUCAAAACAUCAUCAGCCCUCAGCAGCCUCAAGUGUAAUCGCAGAGUCAUACUUACAGGCACUCCAGUUCAAAACGACCUGCAGGAGUUCUACGCCAUCAUUGAGUUUGUGAACCCUGGGAUUCUGGGCUCAUCGACUGCUUAUAGAAAAGUAUACGAGGAACCAAUCCUGCGCUCCAGACAGCCCUCAUGCACAGAGGAGGAGAGAGUUUUGGGAGAGGAGCGAGCGACCGAGCUCUCUCGUCUGACUGGCAUGUUCAUCUUGAGGCGGACGCAGGAAAUCAUCAACCGCUACCUGCCUCCUCGCCUCGACUGGACGUUGUUUUGCGAGCCGUCCCCUCUGCAACGAGAGCUGUACAAGCACCUCCUCUGCCACAGAGUCUUCAGGGCCUGCCUUCAGGGCUCCACUCAAACCCACACACAUCUGGCUUGCAUCACCGCACUGAAAAAGCUCUGUAAUCACCCCGGACUGCUCCACGUCACUGUUAAGGAGAGGACAGAUGCUGGCUCUGUGGAGAGUUCAUUAUAUGAGGGGCUGGCAGAUCUCUUCCCAGAAUCCUAUUCUUCAGGAGGAUUCACCAUGGCUGACUCUGGAAAACUGCUGGUUCUUACGGACCUGCUUGCCGCCAUUAGACAGCUGAGCUCUUCAGACAGGGUGGUCGUAGUGUCAAACUACACUCGGACACUAGACUUGCUCCAGGACCUGUGUGUACACAUGGGCUACACCUUCUGUCGGCUGGACGGACAUACCCCCACGAACCAGAGGCAGCGACUGGUCGACAGUUUCAACAGUCCCUAUUCUCAGAACUUCCUGUUUCUGCUGAGCUCUAAAGCAGGUGGGGUUGGGCUUAAUCUCAUUGGCGCUUCCCACCUGGUGCUAUACGACAUCGACUGGAACCCUGCCAACGACAUUCAGGCCAUGGCUCGGGUGUGGAGAGAUGGACAGAAGAAGACUGUGCACAUCUACCGUCUUCUCACUGCAGGCACCAUUGAGGAGCGUAUAUUUCAGCGACAGGUGUCCAAACAGGGACUCUCUGGAACCGUGGUUGACAUGGGGAAAGGGGCAGAGCACACGAGUUUCUCCACCAGUGACCUGCGAGAUCUUUUCAGCCUGACGGAGACGCCCUGCCUGACUCAUGACCUGCUGAACUGUGGCUGCGGCAUGGAUGGCACACUCAGCGCUAUCACAGAGGAGGAGGAGCUGGUUUCCGAACGGCCCUGCCAGCUCGGUCGUCAAGGUGACCGUAAGGGGGCGACACAGAAGCAUCUCAGCAUGUCCGAGCUCAUGCAGUGGAGACAUUUCUCCGGUGACACACACUCCUUCUCUGACCCCUACCUCGAUCAUGCGCGAAACAACAUCACUUUCGCCUUCCAGACCACCAUCUCUCACGCAACCCAGUAAACAACCAACUCGCGUGACGCACACUCGCAUAGCUUUCUGCACAAACCUCUUCAGGUCCUCUGGACUUUGUCAGCCUCGAUUUGACGUAUGAAUAACGCUCCACCACUGCUGCACGUUACGCUAUUUCCAGUAGUUUUAAAACCGCUUUGCUCAUGAGAUUCUGUAUUGCCCUAAAAUAUUCACCUUUUGUUUAUUUAUGCAAAAUAAUUCACUGUAUAAUUCUAUAAAAUAAGCAUAAAUGAUUAAGAAAUGUUUAA